CAGAAAAAUCUCAUACUCGUCGACAUUUAUCUGAGUACUCUCACUUAGAAGGCGAAAUGGCGUUCAUUUCAUUUGAAGAUUUGCUAAACACGUUAGAAGAUCUGAUUUGUGACACUAUUGACCGUGUUCUUUCCCAUAAACAAACUCGAGAUAUGAUUUACCAACUUAAUCCAGAUUUUAAACCACCGGAGCGUCCUUUUAUGCGUCUAGAUUAUAAAGAUGCAAUACAAUACCUAAAAGAUCACGAUAUUAAAAAAGAAGAUGGUAGUUUUUAUGAAUUUGGAGAAGAUAUUCCAGAAGCACCUGAACGUGCAAUGACUGAUCAAAUUAAUAAACCAAUUUUGCUUUGUCGUUUUCCCGCUGAAAUUAAAAGUUUUUAUAUGAGUCGUUGUAAAGAUGACCGUAGACUAACAGAAAGUGUAGAUGUAUUAGUUCCUGGUGUUGGCGAAAUAGUGGGUGCUAGCAUGAGGAUCUCGGACAUGCAAGAGCUCUUAGAGGGAUAUAAACGUGAAGGUAUUGAUCCUGCACAUUAUUAUUGGUACACGGAUCAACGAAAAUAUGGUACAACAGAACAUGGUGGCUUUGGUUUAGGUGUCGAGCGCUUUAUAGGGUGGAUACUUCGUCGUGAUACUAUUAAAGAAUGUUGCUUGUAUCCAAGAUUUAUGGGACGUU